CCCCUCCUCCUCUCCCCCUCUCGCUACACCCCCUCCUCCAGAUCCAACCACGUCCGUCGCCGUCGUCGCCAUGGUUGCCCUCGCCGGCGUGGCUACCCUCCUCCCCGAUGCCUAAGGACAUGUCCCUCCACCCCGCCGUGGUCUGCUUCAUCGCCUGGAACCACGAGACCAAGAUGGAGAGCCCCACAUCGUGGGGAUCGAGCUCUCCUUCGUCCUUCGGACAUCGUCAUUCGUUAAUGACUCCGGCGCUGUCGAUCCUCCCAGAGCCCGCCUUUGCACCCCUACGGGAUCUCAACCCCGAGACCGAUGUUGCCCGUGUGAUCGACUACGUCGACGAUGACCCCUCCUUGCCAGAGCAACCAGAUGACGGAUCCCAGGAGCCAGACGACGCCACUGAUGACUACUGCUACACCGAGGGUGCCUACUACUACGUGACGACCGCUGGCGACUUGGAGUAGUUAGGAGGCUCCCAGGCAGGAGGCCUUGCCAUUUCGAUCGAUGUUGCUUUUGUGCUAGCGUUCUUAAGGAAAACUUGUUUAACUCAUGUCUGUACUCAGAUAUUGUUGCUUUCGCUGAGUCUUGUGUAUUCGAGCUUAUGUAUUCGAGCCCUCGAGGCCCAUGGCUUGUAAUAUAAAGCUUGUAUUAUUUUAAUUUGUUUCUAGA